AUGUGGGCCGAUAUCUUCAAGGAUGCCGGCUGGGAAUCGCCCAAAUUUAUCAACGCCAUGCUGGACGACGGGUUGGUAGACGACUUCUACACGCAUGAGGUCGCGGAGGUCCGGCUGGAUAAGUGGUCGUCUGGCAGGGUGGCGUUGCUCGGGGAUGCGGCACACUGUCCGUCGCCAGCGACGGGCAUGGGGACUUCCUCAUCGAUCGUGGGCGCCUAUGUCCUUGCAGGCGAGAUUACAAAGUACACCAACCCCAAGACUAGAUUGGGUGGGGAUGACCCUGUUGCGGCCGCAUUGGACAAUUACGAGAAGAUAUUGCGGCCGUUAAUAAUCCAGGUACAGGAUCACGCGUCAGGUUUCUGGGUUCCGUCAUCGCCCUGGGGCAUUGUAGUGUUCAACUCCUUCAUCGGAAUUGCUGCUUGGUUGAGAUUGGAUGUUUUGGGUAAAUAUAUUCUGCGGGAAGAUGUGAAUUGGACGCUGCCCGAGUAUGAUGAGUUGAAAGAGCUCAAGUUAAGAUAG